CAGAAUGAAGCCCUACACAGCCAACUGCUGAGAGGCAGCCCCACAGACUUCACUUGUCAGAGACACUAGAGAGGGCAAGAUGUUCUCUUGGUGUCUUAGGACUACUCGAGGCUUGGGCCUCAAGAAAGACAAUAGGGAAGGCCAUGGUAGUGUCUGGAGGCACAGGGUUCACUCUUGCCUUCAACGCCUGGGGCCAUUUUCCAGAAAGCGAAAAACUGUGACCAAGGGUAACCAGGACCAGAACCACACAGACCAGGAUCUGAGGGAGCCACGUAGAGAGUCUCCAAUCAGUGCAGAAAUGGUUGUUAAGUUGGUGAACAACCUGGUGCCUUCAAUUCAGGAAGGAGACCCCUUCUUUGUCCCUACAUUUCUCUCCACAUACAGAAGCUUUGUCACCCCACUACAGGUACUGGGCCUACUGUUCAUGAAGUAUUCAUACUUCCACNCUCAUUCUGUGGAGCAUAAACAAGUAAGGAGCAGCCUCUGUACCUUCCUGCACACAUGGAUGGACAAGAACCCUGAGGACUUUUGUGAACCCUCAGACCUGUUACCUCUGACAUACCUGAAGGCCUAUUUGAGUGUGCACAUGCCACACUCUGAUCUUUUUAUCCGUGUUGAUAGGCUUCUGACCGAGUUGUGGGAAGAACAGGACAAGGAUUCCAGUGCCAAGAAUGAGGAAGACUCAGAUCUGGGAAGACACACAUCCUCAGAUCCAGAACUUAAAUGUUGUAAAUCUGUAGGGAAAGCAGCCACUCUGGAGCCAGAUCCAACUUGUCCCCCUGAGCUGGAGAGCACAAAAGCCACCAGAAGGUUCUNGGACACAUGCAUAACUGCAUCCAGAUGUGGCAGCAGCCGUCCUGCCAGCACACCUGAUAGCAGUUGUGUAACCUGUUUCUCAGCAUGCUGGUAG